AUGGUGCCUCCUCCUGGAGUUGUUCACCGAUCUGGUGAAGAUGUAGGCUUCGCAAAGCUCUCUAUGGACUCAAACAAACACCACGUGCUUGCUUUAUUUGUCAAGAGUACACGUGCAAGUAGUAUACUUUUAUCUUUAUACGUGGAUGACAUGAUAAUUACUUUUGAUGGAAUUGAGUAUUUGAAGUUUGAAUUAGCUCGUUGUUUUGCUAUGAAAGACUUGGGUUUACUACGCUAUUUUCUAGGGAUCGAGAUCACCUCUUCACCUAAAAGUUAUCUCUUGUCUCAGUCAAAGUACAUAGCUAAUCUAUUUGAGUGUGCAUGUCUCACUGACAACAAGAUAGUUGAUACUCCCCUUGAGACUAAUGCUAGGUAUUCUCCAUCAGAUGAUUCGUCUUUGCAAGAUCCUAACCUUUAUCGUAUAGUUGUGGAAAGCUUCGUUUAUCUCACUGUGACUCGUCCUGAUAUUGCGUAUACUGUGCAUGUGGUUAGUCAGUUUGUCAUUGCAUUGACCACAGUUCAUUGGGUUGCUGUUCUUCACAUUCUUCGGUAUCUUUAG